AUGACACCAGGGUCGAUGCAAGUUUUUCCCGUGAACACAUUGGAGAGAAUAUUCAACGUAGUGUGUCUUCUCUUCGGGCUUGUGGUAUUCUCAACCUUGGUCUCGUCACUCUCUGGGGGCGUGACGCAGUUCAAGCUCCAGAUGCAGAGACACAGGGCGAGCAUGAAGAAGCUCACACGAUUCUUGACGAGGCUUGAGGUGAGUGCCGAACUGCGCAUUCAGGUUUGCAAACUGGUGGACGCGAAAUUGCAAUAUCAGCCGCCCCCGAGUAUGGAGGACGUGACGCCCAUGCUCGACAAGUUGCAUGCGCCGCUGCGCAGCGCACUGCAGACGGAGCUGUGCCAGCCACUGUCAGCCCACUAUUACUUCUCGUUCCUUGCUCACACUCGCAGUGCUACGUGGGAGGAAGUCUGCCGGGCCUGCACGGACUUCUCCAUAUUUGGCAAGGGAGAUGCGCUCUUUUUUUCAGGCGCUGAGGCGACCGCCAUGCAUUUCAUACUGAGUCCGGGCAUGUCCUACACCCUAGACGUCACCUUUACCAUCGGCCAGGACACGCCCAAGAAGUUAACCACAAUGCUCGAGGUGGACGAUUGGCUCUCAGAAGCAGCGCUCUGGUGCACCUGGCGACACACAGGCAAAGCCGAGGUCGUGGAAGGAAGCCCAUGUGAGGUGCUGUCUCUAAACGCUGGUAAGGUGCUGACAUGCCUUACAAAGGGCACUCUGGUGACACAGAUGACGAAAGCGUACGCGCAAAGCUUCUACCAUUUCCUCGUGAACUCAAAGCCUCCCCUCUGCGAUUGGCCGAACGAUCUGGUCCCUUCCUUCGGACCCGAUGAGGUCAUCGCGGCAAUGCCCAAGGAGGCGACGGUUUUCCUCGGGCAGGUGGCGAUCGAGGUCCUGAGGAAUCCGUCUGAGGGCAUGCUAACAAGCUGGCUUCACUCGGUCAGAGUCGACAAGACGGAGCAGCUGAUCGACGAGGUGAACUUGGGCAAGAGCACGCUGCUGACGACCACUGGAGGGAGUGUGGUGCGAUGCGUGCCGCUGGUGGCGAUUCGGCUGACGAGGCCCGAUGGGCGGCUCUUUGUGCAGCUCCGGCUGGUCAAGGACUCGCGCGGCAGGUUGGAGGCCUCCUGCCGGCUUCCCGGGGGCAAGCAGCAGGCCGGCGAGUACCCUUUGCAGUGCUUCCAGCGCCUCCUGGAGGAACGGAUCGCGCCGCUGAAGGGGGGCCUGCGGCUCGUCGAGGCCUUCCGCGAGACGGAGUGCGAGAAGUCGCAGCGCUACGGCGUCCCGACCAGGUACAUCCGCACCGUGGUCGAGGCGCGCUGGAGCGAGGCGGCGGACGAGGCCCUCGGCCGCUUCGUGGUGGCCCAGCGGCGCGAGUCCAACGCGUCCAGCGGCUCGGACGGCUCCUGCGAGAGCGCGGGGAGCCCGCGGGCGAAGUGGCGGCCCCGCACGCAGGUGUUCAGGUUCGCGGACGAGGACCUCUUCGCGUGGCUCGCCCCCGAGGACUUUCAGUGCUUCCAGAGCCCCUGCGGCCAAGGCGAGUUCUUCCAGUGGCUCAAGUCGCACGCCCACGCCCGCGGCAACCUCCACCACAGGACGAACGAUUCCCUGCCUUCCCUGAUGGUCCACGCUCCCGUGGAGCCCGCCGACGACGAGGACGAAGAAGAACAACAGCAAGAGAAAGAAGAAGACGAGAGCCCGCCCGGACAGUGA